AUGCCGCACAGUAUCGUAAAUGAAGCAAAUACGACUCGCGCAGCACCGGUGACAGACCCCGACGAAGCCCUAGGAGAAGCGUACAAGCGUGCGGGAAGGCGCGAGGCAAAGAACGCAGCCCAAGUGGAUAGGUUGCCGGACACUGACUUAUCAUGGUCGAUACUCGACGUCGCCAAGGGCAAACUACUUCAACGGACGUUCAAUAACUCAUUGAAACUCAUCAAUAUCCGUGUGUCUAUUGCUCUGCGACAGAAACGCGAGCAUCCUUGGUAUCCCGUUGUCCGAGAGCUGCUGCGCCUCGCAGAGCGCUGUUGUGAGCUCUUUGACCCCCGCCUUGAGUUUCGGAUCGACAGUCAAGGGGCUCUGUAUGCGGAGGAGAUUGUGAAGUUGGAGGACGUCGCACAGUCUGAGUACUUUGCGAGUGCUGCUUCGGGUAGUGGAAGCCAUGGCCGCUCGAGAAAGACGCGUGUGCUCGCAUCAGAGACUAAGUGGCUUAGAGAAAAUAUACAAGACAACCGAUACUUCAACAUUCAGAAUAACGAACCUGGAGUUGACCACACGGGAUUGAGAACCUCGCGAAGGCUUGCUGCACAGGCUAUUGACAACGCGCGUGCGCUACCUGAUCGUGGGGCCACUGGUGCUCGAGCUUCGAAUGCCCCUCUCGGUGCAACUCGGGCGGCACCCGUUCAAGAGGCGCCUGGUGGACAACCCUUGGACGCCCCUGUUUCCGCUGCUCAAGCGGAAGCCACUCGCGCGGCGCCGGGCGCCCAACCAUCAGAUAGACCUGCUUCUGAGCCGGCAAUCACGCUUUCUGCGAUAGACAUCGGUCGUGCGAUACGCAAGAUUCACCGCUAUGCAGACUUUCGCUUCCUCGGUGUUCUCUUCGCUGCUGGCUUGGCACUCGAGCUGCCUCUCUGUGUCGUUGAAGUCAAGGCCUUCACUGAGAUCGGCCUGGACCAGCACUGCAACGAUGCCAAGAAGCACGCGACGAACGCGAUCCGUUCAUCCAUGAACCAGAUUAUUCAACAGGUUCAGUUAGUGUUUGAAGAGAACCACAACCUGAAGAUCGUCUGGGCCAUUGGCGUUUGCGGGACAUGGUUCAGAUUCCUCAAGUUCACGCGGGAGAAGACACCAAAGUUCCAGUUUGGGCGGGUUGACGGCAAGGGCCAUUACACGCCUAGCCACGCCGAGACACGUACGGUGCACCAGAUUCCGGUAUCAAGGUCCCCCAUGAUCAAUCUGUUCAAAGAUCAUAGGCGCCGAGAAUACUCCUCAGAGCUCCUGAUGUGCUUCCAGCAGAUGCUUGCAACUGCAGUUCUGCAGGUGAAGCACUUGAAUCUUAGUCCCCCCUUGGGCAACACUUCGGAGGAUGACAACGUAGAUGAUGAUAUGGACAUCAAAGUAGAAGAGCAUGACGUGUCACAUAUACCUAAGGCUGAUGUUUAA